GAAUAGAUAGAAUUCUUUGCUUUGUCAUAGACCUAUGGAUAAACAAGAAGCCAGCAGAGCUAGAGAUCACUGCAAUGUUCUUCACAAGAUGCCAAGGAUGUUGCAUGCAAAAGACAGUGAUUGAUCAACAUUUGUAAUUAGCUGAGAUGAAGAUUAAAAAAGAAAUAAGAGAAACUGAAGAAACAUCUUAAAAUAUUAUCUGUUCUUGUCUUUAGAAACCUGUGUGUAGAGACAGAAGGACACCAUUGAAGAUGGGCAGCAGAAGAGUGAUGUGCUUUGUCACUGAAAAUGUUGCAUAAAGGCAUCUAAGAAGUGUGCCGGUCAAAUAAAAGUCCAUGGGUCUGUCUGACGUGCUCGAGUGUCCAUUGUGGAAGGUGCUUGAAUGCAGGCACACAGCAUAUCCUUCUGUUCAGAUAAUGUUUGAAAUCAAAGGAAGCUUUUCAGGUCUUCACUUGAAGUACGUCCUCCAGAUACGUGAAUGGCCAUGCAAAAAAGCAUUAUGAAGAUGCACAGAUUCCUAUGACCAACCAUAAGAAAACAGAAAAACAAGAGAAAGUUCAGCAUACUGUGUGUAUGGAUUGCAGUAGUUACAGUACAUACUGUUAUCGCUGUGAUGAUUUUGUAGUCAAUGAUACUAAACUGGGACUGGUACAGAAGGUCAGAGAGCACCUACAGAACUUGGAAAAUUCAGCCUUUACAUCAGACAGACAUAGGAAAAGAAAACUAUUGGAAAACUCAUCUAUGAACAGCAAGUUAUUAAAAGUAAAUGGAAGCACCACUGCCCUUUGUGCCACAGGCCUUCGGAACCUGGGGAAUACGUGUUUCAUGAACGCAAUCCUGCAGUCGCUCAGUAACAUUCAGCAGUUCUGCUGUUACUUCAAAGAGUUGCCGGCUGUGGAGCUGAGGAAUGGAAAGACAGCAGGCAGGCGAACUUACCAUACCAGGAGCCAGGGAGAUAACAAUGUUUCACUGGUGGAGGAAUUCAGAAAGACACUUUGUGCUUUAUGGCAAGGAAGCCAAACUGCAUUUAGUCCGGAGUCUUUAUUUUAUGUUGUUUGGAAAAUCAUGCCAAAUUUUAGGGGAUACCAGCAGCAGGAUGCUCAUGAGUUCAUGCGUUACCUUUUGGACCAUCUACACCUGGAACUCCAGGGUGGCUUUAAUGGUGUUUCACGUUCAGUAAUUUUGCAAGAAAAUUCUAGCCUGACUGCAAGCAGCAAAUGUUGCAUAAAUGGAGCAUCUACUGUGGUCACAGCGAUUUUUGGAGGCAUUCUUCAAAACGAAGUCAACUGUUUAAUAUGUGGGACUGAAUCUAGGAAGUUUGACCCAUUCCUAGACCUUUCGCUAGAUAUUCCAAGUCAGUUCAGAAACAAACGUACUAAGAAUCAAGAAAAUGGACCAAUGUGCACACUACGAGAUUGUCUUCGCAGUUUUACAGACCUGGAAGAACUUGAUGAGACAGAGCUGUAUAUGUGUCAUAAAUGCAAAAAGAAACAGAAGUCCACCAAAAAAUUCUGGAUUCAGAAACUACCAAAGGUGCUAUGCUUACACUUGAAACGAUUUCACUGGACAGCAUAUCUGAGAAACAAGGUUGAUACAUACGUUGAGUUUCCCUUACGAGGCCUAGACAUGAAAUGCUACUUGUUAGAGCCUGAAAACAGUGGCCCAGAAAGCUGCCUCUAUGACCUUGCAGCUGUUGUUGUGCAUCAUGGCUCAGGUGUUGGCUCUGGACAUUACACCGCGUAUGCAGCUCACGAAGGUCGUUGGUUCCAUUUCAACGACAGUACUGUAACUCUGACCGACGAGGAGACUGUGGUAAAGGCGAAGGCCUACAUCCUCUUCUAUGUGGAACGGCAAGCCAAAUCUGGAUCAGAUAAACUUUAAUACCUCCUUUUAAUUCUCACUUAUCAAGUCCACCGGACAAAACAUUUCCAUUUUUCCAUAAAUACUUGAUCCAAGACUAUUAAUUUCAUUGUGCACUUUUCAAUUUCCUCUUGUGGGUUUUAGUUUUGUUGUGUCAAUGGUAGCAUUUGACUUACUGAACUUGGACACAAACUAACUUUUUUUAGUUAUACCAGAAAACCUCAGCAGAUUUUGAUUUGCUGCUUUAGUUGUGAUAACUCAAUUUUUAUAUAUAUAGUUUCAAGAAAUAGUUAUUUGACUUUUUUUUAUAUUAAUGUUUUCAGUUCUCACUUUCUAAAGGCACAUUUACAUCAGAGAAGCUUUCUGUCCUCCUUACAAGCAAGAGAAAUGUGCUUCUGAUUACAAAGAGCAAUACAACUUCAAGCUGCUCUUACAGCUGUUAUAUAGAUAUGAUUUAAUCUCUUUAAAUCAAGGAAUUGUUUGCACGUACUAUUUUCCCUUGUGCAAGAAACUAAGCCGUGACCUCUGAACAAUCAUUCUUUGUCUGAAGAAGAGAUGAGAUGUGGCACCAUUAAAUAGACCAGGUAAUUGCUGCUAUAUCGGUGUGUAUUCAGGCUGCUGACUUUCAGGAAUCAUUGUAAAUAAACAGUUGGUUCAAUUGUAUCUAUACUGCAGAUUAAUUCAAAUAUUCCUCGCAUAUGCUCUUCCCUCCCUCCCCUCAUUUUUUUUUUUAAAUCUUAAAAUAUAUACGUCUAAAUUGUGUUGAGAUGUAUUACUCUUUUUUUAAACCAGAUGUGAUUUGCCAGAACCAUCUCUGUUUUAAACAGUAAUCCUGACAUUUGAUCAUAAACUCUCACUUUAAAACUUGGAGAUUUCCGGGCAGUGGGACCCCAACCUUCCUUCCAUGUAGAAACUGGGAUCACAGCUCCUAAGCUUGGGGGUUGUGGGAACAGCCAUAGGUCUAACUAUAUAGCCCCUGUCUACUUUAAUGCCUGAAUUAAAUUAAUUAAUUAAAGGCUGAAAGGAAGUGGAUGGAGUUCAAGAUGCUUGGCAUGGCAGUUAUUUUUAUCAGAUCAAAUAGAAACUAAAGGGUGAUACUCACUUUCUCAGCAUAUAGCCUGAGGGGUGAAGAUUGACCCAAAACUGCUUGUUGACUGGAGCAGAUGCUGGUAGCUGUAGUAUUUACUCAUAAGCCCACUGUGGGAUCUUUAUUUUCAGUCUCGAGAUGAUAUACACUGGAGACAUGAUACAAUUUCUAUGACUUGACUAUGUAAUAGAGAAAGACAUCUGUUUAAACAGUGGUAUUUUUAGCUGUGCUACUGUUCCAGAUAGAUAGUGGAGGUCAGAUCCUCUCUGCUAGUGAAAUUUAGAAAAGGACAGGAAAAACCUAUAUUGCAAAAUCCAGGAAUCCAGACAAAUCUGAAAUUUGGCAUGCUACAUUUUGGUGCUUUCCCCCAUUCCACCCUUUCUAGUUACCCUUGAUGUGCCUAGCAAGUAACUGGACACUCCUGCAAUCGCAAAAGCUUCUUAGUAAGAAUGGGGUUUUACCUCAUGUACCCACAGCCAAAUUGCACCUUUUAGUUGCAAUAAGAGAAAAAUAUACUAGCCUGAAAACACACAAGAACACAAGUAAAAUAUGAGUACUCUUUUUAGUUAAUGCUUCUAAAAGGCAUAGUAUGCAGGAAAAAGAGAGUCCCUAUAAAUUGUACUAUUAUAGCUCAUGGUGUACUUGGUGAACUUCAUUUUCCUCGCUGUCGGUUACCUGCUAGCUGUACAUUGACAAGCAUAAACAGAAAUCACAAUGAGAUUUUUCUUUUUUUAAAUGACAGUCUUAUGGCCUUUUCAGGUCAUGUUGAACCAGGAAAGAGAGAGAGAGAAAGAGAGAGGUUGGCUUAAUAUAAAAGCUGCAGAAAACGUUCCACAUUGCUAAGUGUGUGUAUGUAAACUGUACACUAGUUAAACUUACUGUGAUUAUUAUUUGGUACACUGAGGGCCACGCACACACACGGAUGUUUUUGUUUUGUUUUUUUUUAAAGUUGAACAAUAACUAGAACUAAUCACUGUAUUAAACUGUAGAUAGCAUGUCAUCUACCAUUUCUCAGUUUCAUGCAGCCAGAGCUGUUGUUCUAACAAGAAGAGAUAGGUGUUGACAUUCGACAGACUUCAUUGUUGUGUGGGACACGUAAAAUAUUUUGACAUAAAUUUUAUGACGUAAAUUUUUAUGACAUUUAUAACCUGAAGCGCAGCCCUACUGCUGACAGCUGGGGAGUUAAAUCAAUUCCAUCUAUAUCUACAUUUUGUCUGCAUGCUACUUGGACUGGCUUCCUUUAGCAUCUUAGUUCUGGGAAUGCAAAUCUUAAAAAUGUACAACUAGCUCUGGGCCAGAAACAUUUUAAUUUGCAGGAGUCAGGUGUAUGCAGUGUUCUUGCAAACUAGUGAUGUAAAUGUGCCUUUCUGUAGUUUUUAAGAACUUACUUAAAAUUUGUAAUCUUCAGCAACAUUCACUUAUUUUAAGCAGCUUCUACUUCUGUUAAUUUCUUGGGUCAGAUUUAUUUUCCCAUUUCAGGAUUUCCUUUUAGCAAUAUCGUCUCUGUAACAUUUAAGGUCUUGGGCAACGGUAUCCAGCAUGGUCCAUUUGAGAUAUGGCCAUGGGAACAUAAUGCAAUCAUGUCAGUCCUGUUCUUGCAGCAGGUGGUAGAUAAUACAGACACAGCCUUACGCUUUGCUGGAACAAGUACAUCGUAAAUCCUUUCCUAAUUUAACUUUCUCCCACUGCAAACCCAGAUGGACAGUAUGAACAGUUUGUUGUGGCAACACAAGUAUUUCUCUUCCUGGUGGAGAACUUGGCUUAUCCACUGUAUUCUACUCAGUGUGGUGUCAAAAAAAAAAAAAAGUAAAAAAAAAAAAGUAACUGAGCACUGAACCAGUAACAUAUACUGCACCUGGCCUAGUAUUACAUUUUUAACCUUACUUGUAUAUCCUAUAUUUAUCUACUAGCUUGUGGGAGGGGAGGGAUAUCUCAUUUCAUUUAAGCCAAAUGUUUCUUUCUACUUACUGCUGAUCAUAGUACACACUAACUGGCAAGAAUUUUGUCUUGCUUGUGACUGCUCUGCAAGCAGCAACUGCUCUCUACAGUUCAGAGACUUGCAUAUUUUUCACGCAAUUUUGUCUGAUUGAAGGUUGUCCUUUUUUGUUAGUCAUUGUUUAGCCAUAUAUACAACUGGAGACAUGAUUUAUGUAAAACAAAACUGCAGAAUGUCCAGCCCUUAGAACACUUCUGCUUUAAUAUGUUGUAUAGUGAGCUGUUAAGUAUGGCAUUAUGCAAACCUCUACAGCAUUUACAAAGAGAGCUCCUUCUCACUGCAUAGUCAGAAGAGGCUCUUCUAGGUAAUAAUAGCUGUGUGAGAUUUAAAGUUGAAAACUUUCAGAGAGGCAGGUACAAUAGACUUGGUUCAAAAGCAGGAGGCAAUUUAUAAGAAUUUUGCUAAAUCAGUGGAAAGCAUAACACUUGGUGUUCAAAAUUUUCCCCAACGUUUCAUUACUGAUGUGUCUGUGUCUUACUGAUGAGGUAAUCAGCACCUUGAAAAAUUGAUUCCAAUGUGCUUUAGGAUAUCCUCAAGUACUGUAGUGCCAUAGUUGUAAUUGUUUACCAUUAAAAUUGUGUGUAAUUUUCAGUGAG